GCAUGAGCGAUAACGUGGCCUAGCAAAAAGUCUGAGAUAAAGCGUCUGCUAGUAGCACAUUUAACAGCUAGUAUGAUGGCGAUGUUGAAAAGCAGUGUAUUAAUUGUGUGCUUACUUUCGCUAAGUUAUUCAGAUGUGGAGGCUGUUCCUAGUAAAAAUGCAAAAGAUCUAAAUAAGGGUGAUGUGCAGUUAGCAACAAAGGAUGAUAUAAGAAAUGUGCUGGAAUUAAUGAAAAUUCAGGAACAAAAACUUUCUAACCUUGAGAAAGAAGUGAAAAUUAGGGAUGAAGCUUUGGCCCGUCAAAGCGCAGCGGUGAUAAAACUGGAAAGAAUUGUCCAACAACAGUCUCAGAAAAUAUCUAAAUUAGAGCUUGAUGCGAUCGAAAGAAGUGUUAAACUGAAAACGAAACUGAAAUCUUUCGAAGAAAAAUGUAAAUUGAACUGUUGUAAAUUUGACGGCAGCGUUUCAAAUUAUUUUAACACCAUGGAUAGUAAAUCGAUUUCGCCUAUUGAAUCGGAAGAGGAAGCUAAGAAAGAACACCCAGACCAGAAGACGAAAAAACGUUUACCGAACUUAGAAAUUAGAAGAGAUCUUUUCUCAAAGCGGACAGCCAGUGCCCAUGUGUCUUUCUCUGCAUAUUUAUCUCACUUACAAGAUCAUCUAGGAGUAAAUCAAGUCGUCAAGUUCGACAGAGUAAUCACAAACGACGGAAACGGUUACAACACGCACACCGGAGUUUUCACCGUACCAGUGACCGGAACCUACAUGUUCAUUUUCUAUGUCAGCUCUUCAAGUUCCAAUGUUCAGUUUGAUUUGGUUGUUGACGAUUCCGUAAAAACGUCCGGAGUGGCUAGACCAUCUACUUUAGAACAGAGCAAAGAUGUUCAAGGCGGAGGUGCGGUCAUCCUAAGUUUAAACCAAGGGGUAUCAGUAUGGAUAGAAAAUAUAAACACCAACGUUGCAGUAUAUAGCAGUGACGAUCACAGAUGGGUGACAUUUUCUGGAUUUUUAGUGUAUUAGAACAUAGUCAUUAAAGUUUCCUGUAUCAGGCGGCUUAUGAUUUUAGUCGGACUUAUUCUCACAAUUUGUUCACACCACUUUUGUUGUAAUGAAAUGUAAUACAUAGGAGAAAAAAAAACAGACAAAAAGGGCACAUUUAACGCUGCCACCCAAGUAAGCGAAGAGUAAUUACAGGAGUCUUAUCUUUUAUCUAUACGACUGUUAUUUUUUCAAAUGUUAGCUUGUAUUUUUUACCAUAUACUGAGAUGCUUUAAAGGCUAUCACCGUUUCGAAGGUCAGCAAGAUGUUAUUUUGAAUAUGUCUAGUAAUAUUGCCCGCUUAGCUCAGUAGGUAGAGCGUUGCUCUACGGAUCGCGGGGUCGUGAGUUCGAUCCUCGGGCGGGGCGUAUGUUCUCCGUGACUAUUUGAUAAACGACAUUGUGUCUGAAAUCAUUAGACCUCCACCACUGAUUCAUGUGGGGAAGUUGGCAGUUACUUGCGGAGAACAGGUUUGUACUGGUUAUGUUAACUGCCCGCCGUUACAUGACUGAAAUACUGUCGAAAAACGGCGUUAAACCCAAAACAAACAAACAAAAGUAAUAUUGCAUAUGAAUUUCUUAUGUUUCUUUUUGAAUUAUUUACUUUAUUUCUGUUGG